AUGGCCGGGCCGAUCCGCUCCACCGGUUUCGUCCUGCCCGGCGAUGGAACCCCCUCGCCUGGAUUGGGCCGGCACUCUCCUGGCACCGACCCGGCCCCCGGCGGCCGGUCCCUCCUGUCCGACCGCCUGCGCAGCAGCGAUAGCCAUGUGGACGUGACGCAGCAGCGCCAGCCGGACGCGGCGGUCGCGGCGGUCGGCCUGCCAGGCCCCUCCGCCCGGCCCUGGACGCCGACCGCCGGAUCGGCCUUCGCUCGGCUCUCUCAGUCCCUGCCGAAUGCCGGGGCGCAUCCAUGGGCCUCCGGUCCUGGCGAGGUGUCCUCCUCCAUCGUGACCCCCUCGGUCCCGGUGGCCGGGCCCGGCACCUCCCACGGGCUCUCCUCCCUGGGUGGCAGCCAGGCUAGCAUGGGGUCCUCCUUUGGAAGCGUCCUCUCCGACGCGCCCAUCCACCUGAGUGCCGCGCAGCGGCAAACUUGCGACCGAAUGACCACCCUCGUGUGGAAUUGCCUGCAGCUCAUCACCCCGGACAUCUUGCAAAAUGCCCUCUACCAGAGCGAAGGCCGACCCCUGCGGGCGCUGGCCAUGCUGCUGACAUUUUCGGAUUCGCUGGCCGCCGCCGCGGCUGAGGAGGGCGUCUCCGCGGCCACCCUGCGCCAGGAGCUGGCGGACCUGGACGCCGAGCAGGCCGACGAGCUGCUGAUGAUGUCGGAUUCGGAUGAGGCUCUCGGUGAGCUGCUUGGCGUGGCCUCCGCCCCGCCCGGGCUCCGUCGGACCUCGUCGCACCUGCUGUCCGGCGAGGAGGCCGGCCGUCGGUCGCCAAUCGCCUCGACCGCGAUGUCGCGGUCCUCCUCCUCCGGCGGGUCAGCCUCACUCGGGGGCAGUGGCCGAUACAAGCACCCUCGUGGCAGCCGGUCCAGCCGCUCGCGUCGGCAUUCCCCCACCCCGAUCGAUGCGGCCAUGGGCCUGGAGUUUGACUCGUUCGGAACCGACACCGAGCUGCGCGAGCUCCUCACCGACACCGACGACACGGACCUUUCGGUGGCCCUCUACCUGGACUCGGACUUUGAUUCGGACGAUGACGACGACUACUCGCCGGACUUCAGCCAUGGGAGUCUCAGCGACGAGCAGCUGAGCCUCGGUCGGCGGUCUCCGCCGGCCCUCCGCGACGGGGCCCCCAUCCAGCGGAGUUCCCUGUCAGCCUCCUCGACCGAGGGCGGCGGCUUGAUCGUCAUGACCACCAACACUGGUGGCAGCCCGACGGCCAAGCCGGCCGGCCCCCUGCCGGGAGCCUGUAUGCUGGCUCACGCGGCGGCCCACGCUCACCCGCAUGCGCUCAAUUGCCCGCACAUCCGCCCUCCCGGGUCUGGCUGGCGUUCGCGCUCCAAAUGUCGCAUGGUCUGCUGCUGCCAGGUGGAAGCCCUCCUCCAUCAAGCGGCCGCCGCGGUCCCCGACCCGGGUGGCAUGAUGCAGGUGGCCACCCCUCCGCAGCCCCCGAGCGCGGCCAGUGCCACCGGCAGCCUCUUUGCUCGGCCCUUUGCUCGGUACCGUGCUGGCAGCCGCAGCCGCAGCCGCAGCCGGAGCCGCAGCAGCAGCGCCACCAGCACCGGCAGCACCGGGCCCAUGGGCGGGCCCCUCAGCACCACCGGCAGUACCAGCAGCUCCGGCAGUCUGCCCCCACGGCGGCGGUCUUCCUCCUUCUCCUUGAGCUCCUUCCUGUCGGGGUCCAGCGCGGCCGGCACCCCGAGCAGCACCUAUGAGCAUGCCUCCCCGGCCACGGACCUGACCGUGGGCCUGGAUGCCUAUGCGUCCGGGUCUCGUGCCUCGCCGGCUCCCCCUUCCGGCAGUCCCGCGGCCUUGCGCAUGUCCAAGUGGACGCUGCGCCGCGGGGUGUCAUCCACCAGCACGUCGAAGCCCCCCCCCUCGGCCGGGGUCCCGGUGGCCGGUAACCCAUCGGCCUCCGGCGCCACUGCCCAGCCACCGGCCACCCCGCCGGAGGACCUACUCCGCGUGGCCCCCGAGGCUUCGCCCUCCAGCACCCUGUCCCCUGGGGCCGGCACUCUGGCGGCCGAGGCGUCGCCUGGUGUUUCCUCGCGGCCGGGUGCCGGCCAUUCGCGCGAGUCGGGCUUUAUGCGCACUCUGCGCAAUGCCUCGCGCUCUUUCGAGAUCCUCUUCCUCGGCGGGGCCGACGCCCCUCCCGGGGGCGAUGCCCCGGCCGGCGAGGCGGCCCCCCCGGGACAGCUGCCAGUUGGCGUGCUGGAUGCCGGGCUGCUGCCCAAAUCGACGGCCGUGCUGAGCAACAGCUUCGAGGCCGACAUUCACACUUUGUCGGCCGAUGCCCUGCUCCCCGGGGCCGAGCCCCCAUCGUCGCACUUGUCCUCGCCCUCCUCCUCCGGGCAGACGUCGGUGGAUUUGGACUUCCAACGGGCAGCCCAGGUGGGGGUCUUUGCCCCGGGUCAGGGCGGGCUCCGGCACCCCGCCGGGGGGGACCUCCAUCCCACCGAGGAGGACUUCCUGGAUGAUGGGGACCGGCAUUCCGGGGGCGUCUUCAGUCGGUUGAUUGGCACCCGUCCAGCGGCCUUCUUCCGGCGCCGAAGCAGCAGCCAAUUGGCCUUGAGCACGUCGCCCUCGACCGCGGAGGAGUCUCCCGGCUCUUUGGGCGCGGUGCCGCGCGCGACCCCCUCGACGGCCGAUAGGCCGGCAUCGGCGCAUCUGCUGAGUGCCGGGGGCUUUGCCUCGCCGGCCGAGGCGGACUCGGCUGCGGCGUCGUCCGGUGCUUUGGCCGCCGGCCGCCGGCGCCAUCGCAUUUCCCUGUCGGUGUCCUCGCACGAGCUGGGCUCGCUGACGGGGACAUCGCCCCCGACCAGUCGGCCCCCCGGGCUGCCUGUCACCCCGAGCAUGCCGAUUGCCGGCUCGAGCGGCUCGCCGGGCGCCGCGGUGCCGAUCACGAAGUCCGCGUCGCCCGGGUCGCGCGUGCGUGUGCCCCCGGCCGGUGCCGGCCUCGGUGCCGCGAGCCCCUCGGCCGGGCCCGGCCUCCGGCCCCUCUCAGCCACCGCCACUUCGGCCACCCUCGGCCUGAGUGCGAUCAGCUUGAGCUUCGCCGCGCAAAGUAGCCGCUCGCAAGCCAUCCAUGACCUCUUCCUGCUGGAGUUGGAGUAUGCUCGCCUGGCUGAGCAGGUGCCGCGCCAGCUUCUCCGGCCGCUUUUCGCCCUGCUCGGGAUGGUUGGGGCCGAGUAUUCGACGGCGGCCAUGGCGGCGGCCAGCGCGGCCGGGCCGCCACGAUGCCUGCUUUGCCGGCUGGCUGCCGCCUUCGAGGCUGGCGGUCCGGCGGCUCGGGAUCCCGGCUGCCCGAUCUCCAGCCUUGGCCAUUCGCCGGCCCUCCCGCCGACCGGGCUCCAGGCUUUCCUGGCCAUGGUCGAUGCUCGGUCCGAUGAGCCGUCUCCCUUCCAUCACCCUCCGCAGGGGCUGCUGUCGACCACCGACUCGGACAUGAGCGUGGCCUCCGUGCAUUCGAAUUCCUCCUCCUCCUCCUCCUCCUCCUCCUCGGCUGUGGGCGAUGCUGCUGGCCCAUCGCGCCCCGGGGCCCAUGAUUGCCCCUGUGGCCGGGGCUUGACGCUGGCCGGGUCGGCCGAUCUGGUGGAUGGCUUGCGCGACAUCUUCGAUCGGGCAGGCUUCCUGGACCGGACCCUGGCCUUGCGGCAUGCGGCCCUGCUCCGCCUGCUCGGGGACCACUUGGUCGUGUGCUGCGCGGUGACCGGGCGUCGGUUGGAUUCGGCCUCGGCCAUUGCGGCCGUCACGGCGGCCUCCGCCGCUGGGCUCCCGCCGCCGGCGCACAUUACCACCAUCGAUCCGACCGUUCUCGUGGGCGCGGCGCUCGUGGACCAUCUCCGGUCGAUUCAUCAAACCUAUGCCACGCACAUCAAGCUCAUGGGUGAGCGCUUGCUGAAGCUCCAGGCCCUCCUGCGGCGGUAUCGCGCGCUCGGAGCCUUUGUCGCUCCUCUGGAGAGCGGCCUGGAGGAAUGCCACCGGGCGCUCGCCAACUUGACACGGUACCUGUGUCCGACGGAGGCCGGGACCUCGGCCCGGGCGCCUGGGGACUUCCAGCCGCCCGGAUCUCCGAUCGUGGCCCCGGCAGGCGUGACCGCGCAUCCGAGCCCCGUGGCAGACACCCUGCCCUUCCUGUGCCAGACCCUGGACCAGGUGCUGAUGCUGCCACUGCAGUAUCUCUCGCGCCUGGUGGUCCUGGUGGGCGAAAUCGCCCACCAUACGCCGAAGGCUCACGCGGACCACUCGCCCCUGCGCAGUGUCUUGUCGAAGCUCGAGCUGUUGACCGCCUCGAUGCAAUCCAUCCGGCCGGCCGCCCUGCAGGUGUAUACCCCGGAGUUGGCCUUCGAUCCGCUGCUCAUCCGGCACCUGUGUAACCCGCCGGCCCCGACAGGCAGGUCGCCCAGCCCAACUGCCGGAGCCGGGCCCUCCGGCCGCCCGGCACCCCCGCGUGCCUCCCUACGCGUGGUGGCCGAUGGCUCGGACGCCGGGCGUAUUGUCUUGGCGAGCCUGCUGGUGGAGGACAUCACCCCGCGCCCGGUGCACACCCCAGGCACCAUGGCGGCGCGCCCCGUGGCGGUCAGCCCGGCGGCUGGCUCAUUGUCGCCCUUCGUUCGGCGCAUGUCCCUCGUCGAGUCGCCGACCGGCUUCGGCCUGAGUGCCUCGCCUGGCGCCUCGCCGGUCGGCACGCCGCCCUCCUUUGGUGGCUCACUGUCGGCCUCGUUGACCAGCCUCCCGGUGGCCGGGCAUCUCGGGGUCGCAAGCCCGCUUGCCUCGGGACCGGGCAGCGCGUCGCAGUCUCUCUCCGCCUUCCCGGCCGCCUCGAAUGGGUCGCUCGACUCCAGCCACAGCGGCAGCGCCAGCGGCCUGUCGCCGCCGCUUCUCGCCGUGGGAUCCGGCGACCUGGCCAGCAGCCGCGCGCGGCCCGUUCGACUGACCCUCUACAAUGACGGCUUGCUCUUGAGUAGCCCGGUGUCCGGUGCCGGUGGCGGCCUCGCUGCCGGGGGGUCGGCCACUGACAUUCAACGCCCGGCCGGUGCCCUGUCCGGGCCCGGGGCCCUGCAUCAAAUGGAGGCCUUCAUCCCCUUGCGGCACCUGUCGGUAAUGCUGAAUCCCGCCGAGGGCGAGGACGCCCUGGCCCUGGUGGCUCCCGGCUGCUUCCUGACCGGGCAGCCCCUUUCCCCGCCUCUGAUCGCCAUGCUGGCGGAUAUGCUUGGCCAGGCGGGCGGCUCCUCGACGGGCGGCCAAUUGCAGGGAUACUCGCGACGGGUGUUCCGCGCGCUGACUGGCCCGACGGCCGGCAGCUCCCUGGCUGCCAGCCUGACCGAGCUGCUCGGUGCACAGCGCCCGGAUGCGGAUGGCGGCCUGGCCCUGCCUUCGGCCCUGCCUUCGGCCCUGCCGAUGUCCGGCCCGGUGAAGGGCAUCUCGCGCGUCACCUCCGAGGCCAGUCUCUCCUCCCUGUCGGAGGCGAGUCAGAAUGCCCCGGCCUCGGAUGCUGCCCCGAUGCCGGCCGCCCGGCCGGCUCCCCUGAUGAUCGGCUCCAUGUCGGCCUCCAGCCUGUCCUGCCUGCAGCGCAUUCAGCGCGGCGAUGAGCUGGCCGCGGCGGUCGAUGCCGAGGUUGUCCGAUCCGCGGUCACCGGCACCGGGCCGAGUGCCCCCGAGCGCGGGCUCUUCCGGCUGUUUGCCAUUUUCCUCACACAGUGCCAGCGACAUGUGGACCGCGCUGCCCCGGCCUUUCAAAUUCGCCGGUCGAGCGGCCUCUCCACGCGCCUGGCCUCCCUUG